AUGUCAGCUCCAGGUAAAUGCCUUCUUCUCUAAUUCUCUGUUGAUUUAGAUAUUAAACUGGGUUGUUGCGAUGUCCUCAUAAAUUGCAUCUUUGCAGGAUAACUUUUUGCCUGUGUUCAUGUUGUGAAUGUGAAUCUGUUUGCCACCACUAACUUGUGAGUGUGACGUUGUUUAGUUGAUGAGGCUCCUGACUGAAUGGAUAACAUCACCUACUCCACAUUCCUCGAGGCCCGCAACUGAAACCUUAGCCUCCACAAAAGCGUUCUAAUGGAAAAGGAUGUUUGAAAUGGGUCACGCUUUCAAAUAAUACCCCCCAACAAAUGUCUUUAAUAAAUUCAAAUGUUGAUACAUCUUAAAUAUGUAAUGACAAAUGUUCUUUGCAUGCAAAACAAUAUUCCCAUUUGUAUUUUUACAUUCAGUAGUUUACAAAAGGAAAAAGUGCAAACAUCUGUUGAUCAGCUGCUAUGAACCUUCCCAUUCUUGUUCUAGGUGUGUCUGUAAUCUGGGGGCAGUUUCUCAGUAAAAAGCUAGUUAACUUGUUCUGUUUUCCUUCCCUGGAGGUAGUGAUGGGUCUACAAUUCAGUGGGUUGCUAUGCUGACAUCUGCUAUUUUUCAGGUGCAGGUUAAAAAAAAGACCAAUCCAAUGCAAAGUGACACCAGCACUCAGAUUCAUACAACCCCAAAACAAUGUGUUCCUUAUUUGUCACAGGCACUACUUUUAAGAGGGCUUCUCCUCCUCAAAAACCUAGACCAGUGCUCCUUCUCUCCCAAAAGACAUCUACAUUCUUUUACAAUGAAACCGUUUUCUGACUUACCAGGUUGCAAUCAGGAAACAAGACACUCCAUUACUGUCUGACUGGCUGCAUUCUUCCAUUUACCAGUCAAAUGACUAACAAAAUACAUUAGGGACUCAUGUUAGGAACCUUUGUUUGUCUCUAUCCUGACCGUCCUUCAAUAACUUGUAUAACCUCUGUCAGGGUACUGGCCAGCUAACAGACAGACAUUUUUGUCCUGGGAACUGAGUUUAACUUAAGUGUUGUGAGUUUGGUCAUAAAAUAGGAAAUAACCUUGUCUGUAAUCAUGGGGUUUACGGUCUCUGUCUAUGAUCUGUCGGUUUUCAACAUGACCAGUCAGAUUUCAAUAUUUUAAUAUCUCCUAAUGCUCUAAUUGACAGUUUAUUAUAUGAAGCCUGAGGUAAUACAAAAGUCAUUCUGAGUGUUUAGAGAAUGGAAUAUAAAAAGCAGUACAAAUAUUUACACUGUGGGGGUGGGCCAGCAGUUCACACCACCCAUAGACACAUGGAUGUUGGUUCGCUGAGGUGUCAAAACAGAAGUGGUGUGGAUGUAUGAAACCACUGAUGGGCAGGAAGUAUUUCAGAUAGUAACUGUCAAACCUCUGUCUUCUAGAUAUAAUACAGUGGGGGAAAAAAAGUAUUUAGUCAGCCACCAAUUGUGCAAGUUCUCCCACUUAAAAAGAUGGGAGAGGCCUGUAAUUUUCAUCAUAGGUACACGUCAACUAUGACAGACAAAUUGAGAAAAAAAAUCCAGAAAAUCACAUUGUAGGAUUUUUAAUGAAUUUAUUUGCUAAUUAUGGUGGAAAAUAAGUAUUUGGUCACCUACAAACAAGCAAGAUUUCUGGCUCUCACAGACCUGUAACUUCUUCUUUAAGAGGCUCCUCUGUCCUCCACUCGUUACCUGUAUUAAUGGCACCUGUUUGAACUUGUUAUCAGUAUAAAAGACACCUGUCCACAACCUCAAACAGUCACACUCCAAACUCCACUAUGGCCAAGACCAAAGAGCUGUCAAAGGACACCAGAAACAAAAUUGUAGACCUGCACCAGGCUGGGAAGACUGAAUAUGCAAUAGGUAAGCAGCUUGGUUUGAAGAAAUCAACUGUGGGAGCAAUUAUUAGGAAGUGGAAGACAUACAAGACCACUGAUAAUCUCCCUCGAUCUGGGGCUCCACGCAAGAUCUCACCCCGUGGGGUCAAAAUGAUCACAAGAACGGUGAGCAAAAAUCCCAGAACCACACGGGGGGACCUAGUGAAUGACCUGCAGAGAGCUGGGACCAAAGUAACAAAGCCUACCAUCAGUAACACACUACGCCGCCAGGGACUCAAAUCCUGCAGUGCCAGACGUGUCCCCCUGCUUAAGCCAGUACAUGUCCAGGCCCAUCUGAAGUUUGCUAGAGUGCAUUUGGAUGAUCCAGAAGAGGAUUGGGAGAAUGUCAUAUGGUCAUUUGGUAAAAACUAAACUCGUCGUGUUUGGAGGACAAAGAAUGCUGAGUUGCAUCCAAAGAACACCAUACCUACUGUGAAGCAUGGGGGUGGAAACAUCAUGCUUUGGGGCUGUUUUUCUGCAGAGGGACCAGGACGACUGAUCCGUGUAAAGGAAAGAAUGAAUGGGGCCAUGUAUCGUGAGAUUUUGAGUGAAAACCUCCUUCCAUCAGCAAGGGCAUUGAAGAUGAAACGUGGCUGGGUCUUUCAGCAUGACAAUGAUCCCAAACACACCGCCCAGGCAACGAAGGAGUGGCUUCGUAAGAAGCAUUUCAAGGUCCUGGAGUGGCCUAGCCAGUCUCCAGAUCUCAACCCCAUAGAACAUCUUUGGAGGGAGUUGAAAGUCUGUGUUGCCCAGCGACAGCCCCAAAACAUCACUGCUCUAGAGGAGAUCUGCCUGGAGGAAUGGGCCAAAAUCAAAUCAAAUCAAAUUUUAUUGGUCACAUGCGCCGAAAACAACAGGUGCAGACAUUACAGUGAAAUGCUUACUUACAGCCCUUAACCAACAGUGCAUUUAUUUUAAACAAAAAAGUAAGAAUAAAACAACAACAAAAAAGUGUUGAGAAAAAAAGAGCAGAAGUAAAAUAAAGUGACAGUAGUGAGGCUAUAUAUACAGUAAAAUAAAGUGACAGUAGGGAGGCUAUAUAUACAGGGGGGUACCGUUGCAUAGUCAAUGUGCGGGGGCACCGGCUAGUUGAGGUAGUUGAGGUAAUAUGUACAUGUGGGUAGAGUUAAAGUGACUAUGCAUAAAUACUUAACAGAGUAGCAGCAGCGUAAAAAGGAUGGGGUGGGGGGGCAGUGCAAAUAGUCCGGGUAGCCAUGAUUAGCUGUUCAGGAGUCUUAUGGCUUGGGGGUAGAAGCUGUUGAGAAGUCUUUUGGACCUAGACUUGGCACUCCGGUACCGCUUGCCGUGCGGUAGCAGAGAGAACAGUCUAUGACUAGGGUGGCUGGAGUCUUUGACAAUUUUGAGGGCCUUCCUCUGACACCGCCUGGUAUAGAGGUCCUGGAUGGCAGGGAGCUUUGCCCCAGUGAUGUACUGGGCCGUACGCACUACCCUCCUGUAGUGCCUUGCGGUCAGAGGCCAAGCAGUUGCCAUACCAGGCGGUGAUGCAAAAUACCAGCAACAGUGUGUGAAAACCUUGUGAAGACUUACAGAAAACGUUUUACCUGUGUCAUUGCCAACAAAGGGUAUAUAACAAAGUAUUGAGAAUCUUUUGUUAUUGACCAAAUACUUAUUUUCCACAAUAAUUUGCUAAUAAAUUCAUUAAAAAUCCUACAAUGUGAUUUUCUGGAUUUUUUUUCUUCUCAUUUUGUCUGUCAUAGUUGACGUGUACCUAUGAUGAAAAUUACAGGCCUCUCUCAUCUUUUUAAGUGGGAGAACUUGCACAAUUGGUGGCUGACUAAAUACUUUUUUCCCCCACUGUAUGUAUGAUUACAGUUUGCUUCCCUUCCCACCAUUGCAGUCAGACAGAUUUGAAUGCGGUCUUUUCCUGUAGCCAUACUGAAUGUCUGUCUGCGUUGCCGUCCAGCCACUUCCUGAUAAGAAUAGUAAGCAGUGGUCGAGAUGUUUUUACUGGAAUUAGAUUCUGAGCAGGCUGAUUGCUGAUUCUUGGCAACAGAUCCCUCAUUUUCCUGUUGCACCAUGCAAUGCCCCCUGGGUAUCCCCCCCCCAGGAUUUGUAUAAUGUUAUUAUUUCAAAGUAUUCUAAAUAAGAAUUUGAAACCAGAGCUUGGCGUAUAAAAGGCUGCCUGUUGAUGUUAGCUGUGUGUGAAGAUUAUUGGGAUAAUGAUGUGGAAACUGAGCUCGGACCGAGUUUGAUGGAUACAAUACCUUUGUUCCUUGCAGUUUCCAUUGAAAGAGGGGUGUGGUGUUGGGAAUCCAUUGGUGUCUUAACAGUAUGGCCCACUUUUGUUUAGCAAAACAGUAAUUUCCUUUAUGUAGAAUCUCCAAUAUACUUCAUGAGCCACCAGUUCACACACCCCACGUACUUGCAUCUAUAACUCCACAUUCAUAUUUCGCUUUUUUAUUAAUAUGAAUAUAUUUAUGAUACCCACUGUUUGCAUUUCCUCCUAUAGGUUACCCAUCCCCUCACCAGGGUCCUGGAAGUUACUCCAUGGCCCCUUACCCUGUUUCUCAGGGGGGGUAUGGUGACCCUAACCAAGCUCCCCCACCGGUUGGCUUCCAUAUGGGCUAUGACCACCAACAACCCCAGCCAGGCCAACCUGUGAUGUUCCAGCCUGGACCAGUAGGGCAGGGACCAGGUCCCAUGCCCAUGCCUGAAUACGGUGCACCUCAGAUGGGUCCUAGCCCAGGCUAUGGUGGUCCCAUGCCCGGGCCCAAAUACGGUGCACCUAACUUGGGCCCUCCUGCAGCCAUCUCCCCAGCCCCUGCAGGAGUUGUGCCAGUCGGCGUUCCACCUGGUCUGGAGUACCUAACACAGGUAGGUUAGGCUGGGGAAGAGUGACAUAAGAGGUUGUCAAAUACACUGAUUUCACCAACAUAAUCUGUUGUCACAGUGUAAAUGCUAGGGUUUGUUUUCUUCCAUUCUCUCUCUUUCUCCAUAUCUAUCGCUCUCUCUCUCUCUGUGUUUUCCGUGUUUCAGAUUGACCAGAUCCUUAUACACCAAAAAGUGGAGUUGCUGGAAGGUGAGCUUGCUAGUCUUAUCUGAGUACAGAGAGAUCAGGAAGAAAGGUGAUAAAAAAUAAAUAAAACUGUGGUCAUUUUAACGGUCACCCCCCGCCCCCCCCCCCCCCCCCCCCCCCCCCCCUCCGUUUUCCUCUCCUCAGCGUUCAUCGGCUUUGAGACCAACAACCAGUACGAGAUCAAGAACAGCCUGGGUCAGAAGAUCUACAUGGCCAAAGAGAAGAACGACUGCUGCACGCGCAACUGCUGCGGCGCCCUGCGCAGCUUCGACAUGAAGAUCAAGGACAACAUGGACAGUGAGGUCAUCCGCCUCAUACGACCCUUCCGCUGUGCCUCUUGCUGGUGCCCCUGCUGCCUGCAGGAGGUACGAUGGAGUUCUGAACACUGACAAAUAUUUGAUUACUUUGACUAUAUAAAAAACAGGACCCCAACCAUGAAAAAAAUACACAAAAUCAUCAUGUUGAGUCUUAAUAUGUUAGACGAGUAGUAAAGGGACAGGUCACCUAAAAUGCAAUGGGUUUAUUUACCCUCAAGUUAGCAUUAGCAUUGUACAUACAAGUGGUAAUAAAUGCAUGCAAACUAUUGGACUGGAAGACAUUUUGGACUGUCCUAACGUCUCCCCAGUCUCUGUGCUUUGUAAAGACUCAUGAAUGACACUGAAUGGUCCUUUGUCAGUCCGAACCCUCUCCGACUGUCUUGAUCUGGUGCCAUCACUUCACCUUUUAAGCUCUAUUGAAUCCCAUUUCUGGCAUGCUAACUACAGUACAUUCCCAUGAGAUGUCAAGGUCCCUUCUGACUGCACUUUCACACAUUAGUUCAGCAUCUAUGGAGACAUAGCCCCACUGUUACCAUGUGAAGCAUAUUACCUUUGUCUUUGCAAUGGUUGCUAAGCCAAUAGCAGACACCAAUGCACUUCUCAAAUGAGUGCCAUAUUUCAUGCCAAGGCGAGCUUUGCAGUAACCCAAGCACAUGCUAUUUAAAGCCACAAUGUAAGGACCGAAGCCUGAUUUUUAAGCACGGUCAAAUACUUUUCUAAUUUUCGAUGCGUGUCCCUCAGCUCGAGGUCCAAGCCCCGCCUGGCACCACCAUAGGCUAUGUGUCCCAGGACUGGAACCCCUGUGUGCCCAAGUUCUCCAUCAAAGGGGCCAACAAGGAGACCGUGAUGAAGCUGGAGGGACCCUGCUUUGCCUGCAACUGCUGCGGGGACGUCAACUUUGAGGUAAGGGGUCAUAAACCGAGGGUGAAACCGCUUCAUGUCCUCCAAUGGAGGCACUUGGGAGUUCAGCUUCCAUCAGGUUGACUAUUUUUCUCUACCAGAUAUAAAUCCACCUUGACAUUUCUUGUAGACCAGAAAAGAUUGUUGCCCUAUCAGGCAAGGUGGAAAAAUAAGCAUAUUAUUAUUGUCUACACACCCAUCCAAUCCUUUAGCUGACGGGGAAAGAUGGAGGCAAGCCCAUCGGCCGCAUCAGUAAGCAGUGGAGUGGCCUGUUAAAGGAGGUCUUCACCGACACGGACAACUUUGGCAUCCAGUUCCCCCUGGACAUGGACGUCAAGAUGAAGGCCGUGCUCAUGGGCGCCUGCUUCCUCAUUGUGAGUCCAUCCGUCUGUUUAAAUAAAGAUAUAUUAGAUUCAAAUGUAGAUUUUUCUAAUCACAGAACUUGAAGGAGUAAGGCCUAUCACUGAGCUGAUAAGAUUUGCAGUUGUUGGAGGAAAUUCUGUUGACAUUUUCUUUCCUCUAUUUCGCUUCAUAGGAUUUCAUGUUCUUCGAGAAGGUUGGUGACGUGAACCAGCGCAACACUGUCUUCUCGUAACAUAGGAAAAAGGAGGAAAAGAAAGACAGAGCGCUUGAGUCAAUGCACUCUGUUUUUUAGUUCCUGUUCGGAAACCCACUUUUCUUUUCAGAUUCCGGAUGAAACUCCUUCCUUAUUCCAAAGCUUAGAGGAGCUGCCAUUCUAUGCCAGCCCCAGAGCUCUUUGUGUGAA